AUGAACACAUCGAGGUUCUUCGAUUCAGAAUGGAUUUGUCUCAAUCAGAUGUUGCAGCAGAGUCUUCACUACUACGAACGGGAAGAGCGAGAGAGGGCGGCGGCCGCGGGCCAGGCGAUGGCAGAAGCGGCGACUGCCGCCGCGAAUGAAGAGGAGCAGUUCGAAGGAGCCCUAAACUCACCUCUACAAAUCGAACCAAAACCACCAGCCGUCGCUGCCAUUCCAACCACUGUCGCGGUCAUUUAA